AUGGCUCCAAAGCCACGAUCGGCUGUAACGGAGGCCACAAAGGCCGACAAGGAUGCAGAUGCAGUCAUGGGGACAAAUAACAGUAGUAUCGCAUCCAAGCGUAGCGUCGAGAUGAUCUACUACCCACAACCCCAUUUCUAUCGUUACUUCGUGAAAAAGCCUCAACGACGGCCGCCGAUGAUCAAUCGUAGCUAUUGGUUACGAAUGUACACUAUGACAGAGACGGUGCGACAAUUUAUUGCGAAAGCACCUACGGACAAGCCUAAAUUCGUCCUGAACCUAGGAUGUGGAUUUGAGGAGCAAAAGUCGACGCGUAGUGGACAUACUGUAUUCGUCGAUAUCGACUAUGAGAAGCUCAUGGUUCAGAAGAAGGCUGCCAUCCGCCAGACUAAGGAGAUCACUCAGGUACUUGGGGACAUAGAUUUCGGCUCAGAUGAGGAUGUGAUACAGAUCAACAGCCCUCGUUAUCGGGCCGUGGGAUGUGACCUGAAGAACCUCAAGAAACUGAAUGAGGUGUUGCAAAACAACAUUCUGCCAUCUGCUGACUGCUCUGUGCUGUUGCUUGCCGAGGUAUCCUUGACGUAUAUGGAUGUUCAGUCGGCGAAUGAGGUCAUCAAGUGGGCUUCCAAAUUAACCAAUGCUGUCCAAUUCUGCAUUCUAGAGCAGUUUUCCCCCGACGGUCCCGAGCACCCAUUCACAAAGACCAUGAUGGCGCAUUAUAAUAAGCUAAAUGCACCAUUGCAUUCCAUCCAUGAGUUCCAUUCACUGGCGGAGCAGGAACAACGAUUCAAGAAUGCCGGGUGGGCUUCAGCCCGAGCCAGAAGUCUGUGGGAUCUGUGGUCUGACAGUUCUUUCUUACCGGAGUCAGUCCGGACAGAGCUGGAUUCGUAUGAGGUGUUCGAUGAAUGGGAAGAAUUCGCGCUCUUUGAGUCGCACUACUUCCUGUUAAUUGCAUCCAAUAUCCCUGAGAGUUGCCAGAACACCAAUGGUCAUCCAAACACGGCCGAUGAUUUCUGUAGAACGUCUAACGAUUUUGUCCUGAAUGCGCAUUGUCCUCCCAACAAACGUGGCCGCCGGCGAUAUGGCGCAGUUGUUCCAGGUGGCAAGGACAAGGAUAUCGUUGGACACCAUGGGGGGCAAGGUGAACAGGCUCGGUUGGCCUCAACGGACGUGUAUAGCCCGGGAGAAGUUGACGAAUCAGAGAAUGCCUCUCCGUCGCGUGAUAUCCCCACACGAAUGUGCCACACCAUCACGCCACUGGAUGACAUUACAGGCGACUGUCUCUUGGUUGGCGGUAGGGCGUCACCGGGCGCUCCAUUUGAUGAUUGUUGGUUGCGACAGGACAAUGACUGGCAGCAGAUCUACUCUUUGCCGGAGCCAAGAUUUCGGCAUAGCGCCACCAAUAUUUUAAUUGACCAUGGCGCAGGUUCUGUCCUUGUAUAUGGCGGCAAAACCAAAGACAAUGCUAUCCUGGACAGCUGGUUACUCUGGAAUAACAAAUAUGAACAAGGAUGGCAAAAGGUCGAGACAGUUGGCGGUACUCCUGAGGCUCGCUUUGGGGCGUCAUUUGCGAAAAUAGAUGGUACUUCUGGCAUUUUGUCUGGUGGCAUCGGAAGCAACGGAACCAUCCUAGAAGAUAUCUGGACAUGGAGCCUUUCACAGUGCAGUAAUGGAUCUUUGCAGGUCAAACUUGUGGACCUCACCCAGUGUGUGCGAGAAGCUUCGCCGCAUCUUUUCAAGUACCUUCCCAGAUUCGGAGCCACGGUCAACAACACAUCAAUGGGACUGGUCAUUGCUGGAGGUAUUAUCCCCCGCCAACUACUUCCAGCGAGGAUGGGAAUCCUGCUUCUGAAUUCGAAACAGAUAGUGGAUCCGUCGAAUAUGACGAGUCUAUGCAGCCCGACCCUUAUCUCUAAAAUCGGGCUGGGAACCGCAUCUGCAGAACCUAGACCCUUGCUUACCGGCCAUGUCGCCUGCUCGAUUGGCGCGGAUCAGAUACUGUUCCUCGGUGGCGGUGCAGUCUGUUUCCCACUUGGAACCGUUUGGACUGAAGGAACAUGGCUAUUACAGCCCCAGAAUUCAGCAAAAGAGAACUCGUGGGCAAUCGUGAAUCCAAAGAAAGACACCUCUGGGAAUACAGUCUCUCAAGCCUCAGGAAAUAAACCGCGUCACCUCGUCAACAAGAAAGCGAAGCAACCCAUGCAAAUCCCACGGGUCCAAAUCAAAACGACUGCGCAAUUCCAGCAGAUUGUCGCCAAUGGCAAGCCAGUCGUUAUCGAGGAUUCAGAUAUUGGGCCAUGCACAGAGAUUUGGACCCAGGAUUACCUCACCAGCUCUGUCGGCAAUGAUCGCAAGGUUGUUGUGCACGAAGCCCAAUCAGAGCAGAUGAAUUUCCAGGAAAAGAAUUUUGCCUACGUAAGUAAGGGCUUUGGCACCUUUCUUAAUGAGGUUCAUGCCGGUGGCCGUCAGUAUCUCCGAUCGAUCUCAGCAGAGCAGCCAUCUAAAUUACCGGCAAAUUUGGCUACGGAUUUCCCUACUCUGCAACAUGAUUUCAGACUUCCCAAAUGUCUGAGUUUGGUCUCAGAUAAUGUCCACAGCUCCCCAUUGAGGAUCUCGGGGCCGGUCACGAUGUGGCUACACUAUGAUGUAAUGGCCAACGUGCUCUGUCAAAUCCGCGGCGAACGGCGCCUAAUACUGUUCCCACCCGACGACGUCCAACACCUCCACAUCCCCCCCGGUGCCUCAAGUUCCACCGUCGACAUAUUCCAAACUGUCGGUUUGGACACACCCGCGUCUAUCCCAGGCACCUCGCCACAAGAAGCCAUCCUACGUCCGAGGGACAUCCUGUUCAUCCCGCCGUUGUGGUUACACACGGCAUGCUCGGCAACAAGCGAGGUCAGUAUCGCGGUGAACGUUUUCUUCCGUAACUUGACCAAGGGGUACGCCGCUGGUCGCGAUGUCUACGGUAACCGAGAUCUGCACGCCUAUGAGAAAUCAAGACAAGAUCUACAACGUUUUACUCGGGCCUUUGAUGGAGUUCCGCCUGACAUGACUCGCUUUUAUUUGCGACGACUAGCGCAGGAAUUACUGGAUAUUGCGGACCAAUGA